CCGGCGGUGACCCCGAAGGCUGCCAUGUGGCCCGUGGCGCUGUCGGCCAGCGAGGUGCUGCUGGCGGCCGCCGCCUUCUGCCUGGUGUUCCUGCUGGUGCAGCGGCUGCGGCCGGCCGUGCCCGCGGGGCUGCGGCGGCCGCCGGGCCCGCGGGGCUAUCCCGUGCUGGGGAACGUGCUGGAGCUGCGCAGGGACACGCACCUGGCGCUGACGCGGCUGAGCCGGCGCUACGGGGACGUGAUGGAGGUGCGCAUCGGGACACGGCCCGUGCUGGUGCUCAGCGGGCUGGACACCAUCCGCCGAGCCCUGGUCAAGCAGGGAGACGACUUCAUGGGGCGCCCCGACCUGCCCAGCUUCCACUACAUCUCCAACGGGCAGAGCCUGGCGUUCAGCCCCGACUCCGGGGAGGUGUGGAAAGCGCGCAGGAAGCUGGCCCAGAGCGCCCUGAAGAGCUUCUCCGUCGCGCCCAGCCCCACCUCGUCCUGCAGCUGCCUGCUGGAGGAGCACGUCUCCAAGGAGGCCGAGUACCUGGUCACCAAGUUCCUGCAGGUGAUGGAGAAGGAGAAGAGGUUUGACCUCAACCAGUACCUGGUGGUGUCAGUGGCCAACGUCAUCUGUGCCAUGUGCUUCGGCAAGCGCUACGAGCACGACGACCAGGAGCUGCUCAGCCUGGUGAAUUCCAUGGAGGAGUUCACUGCUGUCACUGCUGAUGGCAACCCCACCGACUUCAUCCCCGCGCUCCGCUACCUGCCCAGCCGCAGCAUGAAGCUGUUCAUUGAUUUCAACAGGUUCAGCUUCCUGUAGAAGAGGGUCAAGGAGCACUACGAGACCUACGACGAGAACAACAUCCGGGACAUCACAGACUCCCUCACUGAGCAGUGCCUGGACAAAAAACUGGGAGCCAACACGGCCACGCAGAUCCCCAAGGAGAAGAUUGUCAACCUCGUGAACGACCUCUUUGGAGCAGGCUUCGACACCGUAACCACAGCCCUGACCUGGAGCCUCGUGUGCCUUGUGACAAACCCCAGCAUGCAGAGAAGGAUCCACGAGGAGCUGGACCGGACCAUCGGGCGGGAGAGGCGGCCGCGGCUGUCGGACCGGGGCACGCUGCCCUACACGGAAGCCUUCAUCCUGGAGAUGUUCAGGCAUUCCUCCUUCCUGCCCUUCACCAUCCCACACAGCACCACCAAGGACACGGUGUUGAACGGCCACUUCAUCCCAAAGGAUCACUGCAUGUUUGUCAACCAGUGGCAAGUGAACCACGACGAGAAGCUUUGGAAGGACCCAGAGACCUUCAACCCUGAGCGUUUCCUCAGUGCUGAUGGAACCAAAGUGAGCAAAGAGGACGGGGAGAAGGGGCUGGUGUUUGGCCUGGGGAAGAGGAGGUGCACUGGGGAGAACAUUGCCCACUGGCAGGUGUUCCUCUUCCUGGCCACGCUGCUGCAGCAGCUGGAGUUCAGCGUCGGCGAGGGCGGCAGGGUGGAUGUGACCCCGCUCUGACUGUCCCUGAAGCACAAGAGGUGGGAGCACUUCCAGGUCAGGCAGCGCUUCCCCACCAAGGGCAGGAGCUGA